AUGCAAAAAGAUCUGAUUUCCCUUCAUCCCAUCGACAAUGAUCAUGUGAUUGCUGUCACUGAUGACUCUACUUUGUUGUACCUCGAUAUCAUCAAAAUUGAUAGGGCAAUUGUUGUGAACACCAAAGGACAAUUAAUAUCAGAUCUGUGUGUCAAUGGAAAUUCAUGCCAUUUCUGUACUGAACACGGAGAUAUCUAUACAAUGGUCGAAUAUCAAGCACCUUCUCUGCGCUUUGAAAAUUCUCAUAUAGAUCACAUUUGUGUUCCAUCAAGUAAUAAUUUUAUGAUUGGUUACUGUUGUGCAAGCAAUGUGUAUUAUUUUCCCCUAAACAGUGAAUCAAAUAAUCCCAUCAAAUUACUCUCUAACAUUUCACGUGUAGUUGACUUUGAGAAGAGAGAUGAUGAAUAUAUUCUUGCAUCACCAACAGCCUUAACCAGUGUGAAGAAGGGUAUUUCUUGCCGUACCUCGAGUCUCACUGAUGAAUCAUAUGAGGGAUUAGACAAAUUAUUCACUAUCAAUGAUGGCUCUGACAAGUAUAUUAUUUUGAGUUUCUUCAAUCAGAGCAAAGUACUAAGAGUUCAGGAAGACUCCAUUGAAGACUAUUCAACACAACAAGCUUUCAAUUUGAACGAUUCGACUCUGUAUGCUUCUGAAAUACUUGAUCGUUUCAUUCUGCAAGUUACACCCAAAGAAACAAGAAUUAUGAAUCAUGAAAUGACUCAACUCUUGGGUACUGUGACUUCAUCCAAAAGUUUAGCAACCAGUUAUAACAAUAUGAUUUACCAAAGCUUUGAAAACAAAGUCACUGGAUACCUUGUUUCUGAAGAUGGAAAUAUCAAUGAAAAGUUCUCUAUAGCUGUGGACAAUGAUAUUUCAAGUAUAUAUGCCUAUAGAGAUGGCGAGCUCAUUGUUUCAACCUAUUCGGGACUUGUCUAUUCUCUUUCAUCCACUCAUGCCAUAAUUACAAACACAUUGGAUAUUAACGAAUAUUGUAUAGAUACAAAUAUUACAGAGUCUAUUCUCAUGGUAAAAGACAUGCUAUUCAUCGGAUUGAGAGAUGGAAAUAUCUUGUGCUUUGAUUCAUCUCGCUUGAUCCGAAAGUACAAGCUCGGAAAUUAUCCAGUCCAAUUACACAAAUCGUAUCAUGAUGAUUCAUUGAUUGCAACCUCCAAUCUCAGCUAUUUCAUUACACUCGCACCACACGAAUUUAAUAUUUCUAAUUUAAUUAUUCAUGAACAAAUCCUUUCCAUGCAGAAUUUUAAUCUAGGCUUUGAAAGUUCUCUUCUUUGUUUGACUGGAGACAACAAGAUCAAAAUCAUUAUUAUAGAACCUGAAAGCUUUCAACCAAGCGUAACAGAAAUUGCAGUUGGUGAUUAUCAACGAGUUGUAGCUCUAGAAGAAAAUUUAUUACUUGUUGUUAGUAGUAAUUAUGGCAAGCUUCAAAUUAUGAAUGAAGCAAACGACCUGAUGACUAUACAUCAUUUUCAAUCAGAACAAAUUUAUUCAGUCAUGCCAUGGCAUAGCGCAAAUGAGGAAGACAUAAAUAAGAAAAUCAAGUAUAUUGUAGUUGGAUCGAAGCACAUCCAGAGAAAGGUCAAUCCAAUUGUUAUGAAUACAGAUCCAACAAGAUCAUCGUUAGGAAACAUACAUUUAUUGAAAAUGGCAACAUCAAAUAACAAAUAUACAUGUUCCCAUGUUGCCUCAAUGGAAUUGCCAUACAUGGUUUACUGUUUGAGCCAAUUAAACAGUCAGUACUUUGUAGCAGGAUAUGGAGAUCGGUUAGGAUUGUUUGAAGUUGCUAGCGACGGUGUUAUGAAAUUGAUAGAUCAGGCCAAUGUUCGAAACUUUGUCAAUAGUGUUAGUGUGAGCAAUGGCUUAAUUGCAAUUACCGAUAGAUAUGAUGGGCUUUUGUUUUUUACAGUACAAGAAGGAAAAUUAUUGUACUUGUACAAUUUGACAUCUCAGCUGCAACCGUUGAAUUGUGCAACUUGUCAAUUUAUUAAUCCCAAUACUAUUGCAAGCAUGGACAGAAAUCAUCAAUUAAUAAUUUGGCAAAUCAAAUAUCCAGCUACUAGCAUUUCUCAGAAUCCUAAUACCAUUUCAGUUGUUGAAAAACAAAGGUAUCAAACAAAAGAAUUAGCUCUCAAAAUUAGGGCCCUUCCAAACAACAAAUUAUUCUAUGUGACAGUUACAGGAAGUGUUUGUAGUUUGGAGCUUCAAAACUAA